CUCAUCUGGCCUACGGCGUGUAAUAUAUUGUUCUCUCCACAUACACGGCAAAAUGGCCUUACACCAGGAAGAACUGAUCAACUUGACCGCUACUGAAGCACUUGCUAUUAGUGAAGAUGAGGUUGUCCGCCUCCUCGAACGCAAUGUUAGUCCACACGGCGGAUUCGUCCUCUCGGGCAUCUCGGGCAUAGAAUCAAUGUCGAAGGAAUCUCGCGAUGCUUUAGCCAAAAAAUUCAGAUCUGCAGCUACCAGAAUCCCCUUCGCUUCGAUGUAUUCUAUGGAUUCCGCAAAAUUGCACAGCCGGCUGGUCCAGAUAGCAGAUGCACAAGUCAACAAUCACUCAACAUAUCAGUGUAAACAAGUUCUACUGGAUUCGCCGGAGACUACCCCCCCGCCAGAACUGCCAUAUACACGGUCUGAGGAAGAAUGCCGUCGAACGCUAUACAGGCGCGGUGGUCGGCCCAUGCGGUCGCUACACCGGAGAUCCUGCCUUGUUCCCUUCGCAGAAGCGUCGUCGAUGUCAAUGCAAUUGAAUCGCUGGACGGAUUUCCGCCAAGCACAAUGGGACCAUCGCGGCAGCCGCGAGGAGUCUAUUGCGGUAUUCCGAGAACGUGAGAAAGAGAAGUGGGAGCAGCAUGGAUAUUUGGAGAUGACACGCGACGCAAGUUUCGAGCACAACAUAUUGAAGGAAUGGCGUCCGGCCUCCACACGCCACCGCUGCCUUUCCAGGUGGUCUGAGGAGGUACAGCGCAGCUCUGAAAUGUGGGAUUUGGGCCGAGAGGUGGAGCUGCAAGAAGACCCUCGACAACAAAGCUCUUCCGCAGAUUGGCGUGAAUAUUUGGCUUAUGAGCAGGACCAUCUAGAAAAGCUCUGCAACGAUGUCGCGGGCUCCGCCCAGCGCCUGCAAGUUCAGAUGAAGCUACUACAAGAUCAACUUCACUCGCGUACAACACAGUCAUCACAGAACGAUUCUGUACGGCUCAUCUACGAAACGGCCGAAGAGCUCAUUCGGCGGGCCACGCAAAAUAUGUCAGCGCAGCAAGAUUGGAGUCGUCAACUAUGCCUUGUGGAAUGCAUUGUGCAAGAGGCACGCCAAGACCUUAUACCACCUCGGGUAGAAUACUCAUCUGCGCACUCGCAUCCUACUGCCCGCACAGAUAAUACAUUAGCUCCAACAAAGCUACCCCGAAAGCGCCGCCGCGACGACCAUGUUGGAGCUCAAUCAUGCGCACCCCCUGGCAAGAAGACUCGUGUACGCGCACAGCCUUCGAGCCUUGGCCUACGCCGUAGCUGCCGAUUAAAGGAGAAGAGGAACGUGAGCUCAAAACAGUAGCUGAUUGAUCCGUGUGUAAAAUUUACGACAGAGCGACGGGCAUUACAGCGAAAGUAUACUUGGCCUCUAAUCAUGCAUUAUAUUCAAUGUACAUUGUUUUGGCGCGAGUGCCGUGCGAUUCCGUGCGUCCUCGAGUACCAUGUUCUUUGAGGCGAUAAGUGCAAUUGGUGGUGAGCGACAACUUAUCUAAUUAGAUACAAAAGAGAAAAGCCGCUUCAUAUAUCCCAGGUUUGAGU